AUGGGUGCCAUUCCGGAAGCCGACCCCGACGAGCCCGUCGAGACCAAGCCCUUCAAGUUCGUGACUGGCUACGACGCCCGUUUCCCCCAGCAGAACCAGACCAAGCACUGCUGGCAGAACUACGUCGACUACUACAAGUGCACCACCGCCAAGGGCGAGGACUUCCGUCCGUGCCGUCAGUUCUACUACGCUUUCCGUUCUCUUUGCCCCAAGGCCUGGACCGACCGAUGGGACGGUCAGCGCGAGGCUGGCAACUUCCCUGCUCACCUGGACCGGUAA